AGGGCUGUCUUUAUUUUCUCGAUGUUAAAGUAUUUUUAAUGCAGGUAUCAGCGAGCGCUUGUGCAUUUGAGGGUUGUUUUGUGUGUUGUUGUUUUUUACGCAUAAGGCACUUUUUAUAUUGGCCUGUAUUCAGUUUCAAGGUACCACUAAAAUAGUGGACGCGCUCCUUAUUAGAAAGUGAAGCAGUGAGCAGUCCCCCUUGGAGAUAAGGGUAAUUUAUUGUCAUUCACCACUAAGAGAUGAUGUGUGUUCCGGACAAUGGCAGCGCCUGUGCACCAUCUGCCUGCCCACACCGCCACCCAUCAGGCAGAUAAAUCUCCAAGUUAAGGUUUAUUAAAAUUCUGAGUAAUAUCACAGUACAGUAAAUGCUAGCACCGUGGGUCCUGCAGGGAAUAGCAAACACUCAUCGUUGGGAUUAGUCAUUCCUCUCGCUAAAGUGAUAACUUUCAAAGGAAAAAGCGCACCAACCUUCAAAAAGUACAUUGUUGGGAGGGGGGGGUGCUCCUUUCUUUUUCUUUCCAUAUUUGCCUGAAUACACACCUGUGGUCUGAUCUCACAUAAGUGAUCGCUUGUUCCAAGAAGGGUACGGUUGUCAGGCAAGUUCUGCUUGUUUUAAAAAUUUAACCAUCCUCAGCACUUACAUUUCUGCCUCUUUUUCCCAUUUUCUCCCUCCCUCCCUUUCUCUCUCUCUCUCUCUUCUCUUUCUCUCCCCCCCCCCCCCCAAGCAGCGAUCCAAAGGGCAACACCAAAGGGACCCACACUUGAAAUUGAUUUAUAUGGAAAGGACUCGUGGCCUGUCUGCCACCUUAAGGAGCCAUGUUGAGUAGAAGAAGUGAACUUAAAUUUGAUUAGUUCUGUGUCUGCCUGAAUCCACUUUGAUUCUGCAUGGUUCUUACAAAACAAAUUAAAAGCCGGACAACAAAAGAAUUCUGUUCUAUGAAUGACUUUGGAAUCAAGAACAUGGACCAGGUGGCCCCUGUGUCUAACAGUUACAGGGGGACACUCAAGCGCCAGCCGGCCUUCGACACUUUCGACGGGUCCCUGUUUGCCAUUUUCCCCUCCCUGAAUGAAAAGCAAGCGCUCCAGGAAGUGCCCACCGGCUUGGAUUCCAUCUCUCACGACUCGGCCAGCUGUGAGCUGCCCCUGUUGACGCCCUGCAGCAAGGCUGUGAUGAGUCAGGCCUUGAAAGCUACCUUCAGUGGCUUCACGAAGGAGCAGCGCCGGCUGGGCAUCCCCAAGAACCCCUGGCUGUGGACGGAGCAGCAGGUGUGCCAGUGGCUGCUCUGGGCCACCAACGAGUUCAGCCUGGUGAACGUGAACCUGCAGAGGUUCGGCAUGAACGGCCAGGUGUUGUGCAACCUGGGCAAGGAGCGUUUCCUGGAGCUGGCGCCGGACUUCGUGGGCGACAUUCUCUGGGAGCAUCUGGAGCAGAUGAUCAAAGAGAACCAAGAAAAGGCAGAAGAUCAGUAUGAAGAAAAUUCUCACCUCAACUCAGUUCCCCAUUGGAUCAACAGCAAUUCAUUAGGCUUUGGCAUGGAGCAGGCGCCGUACGGAAUGCAGGCGCAGAGCUACCCCAAAGGCAGUCUCCUGGACAGCAUGUGCCCGCCCGGCGCCCUCAGUUCCGAGCAGGAGUUCCCGAUGUUCCCCAAGGCCCAGCUCAGCACGGUCGGCGUCGGCUACUGCUCUGUCGGGCAGGAUUUCGCCGGCAGCACCUUGAACCUGAUCGCCAGCGGUUCCGGGAAGCCCGGGGACCGGGACUCCCCCGAUCAGGGCGGGGACAGCUUCGAGGGCUCGGACUCCCUGCUGCAGUCCUGGAGCAGCCAGUCGUCGCUGCUGGAGCAGCGGGUGCCCUCCUUCGAGAGCUGCGAGGACGACGGCAGCCAGGCCCUGGGCCUCAGCAAGCCCACCAUGUCCUUCAAGGACUACAUCCAGGAGAGGAGCGACCCGGCCGAGCAGGGCAAACCGGUCAUUCCUGCGGCCGUACUGGCCGGCUUCACAGGAAGCGGACCGAUCCAGCUGUGGCAGUUUCUCCUGGAAUUGCUCUCCGAUAAAUCCUGCCAGUCGUUCAUCAGCUGGACCGGCGACGGAUGGGAGUUCAAGCUCGCUGACCCCGAUGAGGUGGCCCGCCGCUGGGGCAAGAGGAAAAACAAGCCCAAGAUGAACUACGAGAAGCUGAGCCGGGGCUUGCGCUACUACUACGACAAGAACAUCAUCCACAAGACGUCGGGGAAGCGCUACGUGUACCGCUUCGUGUGCGACCUGCAGAACCUGCUGGGCUUCACGCCCGAGGAACUGCACGCCAUCCUGGGCGUCCAGCCGGACACGGAGGACUGAGGCCCGGGUCCGCCAGCGGGGCCAUCCUGACCGACUGCCCCGGGCCCUGCCAGGCCGCUCCCACACUCCAGGAACGUCGCCAAGAAGCAGUGGCCUCAUUUCACCCGAAACUGCAGCUCUUCGCCCAGAGCAGCGCGGUGGGUCGCUUCCGGAGCCCGCGGACGGGAAAACGCUAUUUAGGCUGCGGCCGCGUGGAAUGGCCGAGGGGGCGGCUGCGUGAGGCUGUGGACAUCUCCGAGGAGCGAUCGUGUCGCGGGCGCGCACAUUUUUUUAUUUUAUUUUCUUCGGCCGUUUUGCAACCACGAACACGAAAGCGGUCUCUUUGUUUCAGAGGGCGGGAGGGGCGAGGAAACGACCGUGCCAUUUCAGACGUUGGUUUGUAUAUAGGAUUGUAAUCUUAUAAUUGUUGUCGAAAUCCUCUAACAGUUCUAUUUAACAGAAAUUGUAUAUUGUAAUUUAAAAUAAUUCUAUGACUAUGUGAAAUAAGAAUGCAACCCGUAUUCCAUUUUUCAAGAGCGCCUACGGCAUUUUGCAAACCGUGAACCUGCCCCGGGCAGGCUAAGAGGAUUUGUAAAAUGUGUUUUAUUUGCAUUUACUGUGCCUACAGGCGAAAAGUCUAAGAGGGGUCAUCCCUGUUUUUUUGUGUGUGUUUUUGCUUUGCCUGGGCUCUUAGCUGGCAAGGACUUUGUUCAUUUUGGGAAUUUUUAUAAGAAACUUAACAUUAUUAUCUGGGGGCGCCUCUGGCCUCUGGUUUCUCCUUUUGAUUGUAAUGUCAAACCUAUAAAGCAGUAUUUUUCUUGACGGACGGCAUAUGCUUCCCAUUCCUACGCAUGCCUGUAAGCCAGUUGAUACACAAAACUUAUUUCCUAGUUCAUGUGUGUUUCUCCUGCAGCUAACCCUCCUGACCAGCCAUUCCACCCACGCCCCACUCCCAAGCCCCACGUGACUCUGAUGAAAAUAAGAAUACUAUUUUUGGAAAUAUGCAACUCCUUUUCUGAGAUCAGGAGGGAUUUAUGUAGCAGCUAUUUUUACUGUAAAAGUAUUUCACUGGAAAAAAAAAAGUAAUUUGUAAGAAAGCUUUAUUUUUUAUCUCGGCUCCAUGUAAACAUGCUGUACGGAGCUGAGGGUGGGGGGAGGGGAACCUUCGUGAAACCUCGGACAUGAAUGGAGCGUGUGGGUCCCAUCCUUGUUCACCGGCGAGUCUGGGGCUGUCCGUCUGGAUACCACGCCGCUCCUUCCUGCUCGGCGGCCACGGCGACAUCGUUUUGUUCUGUUCUUACAUUUUGGAUGCAGAAUGCCCAGGGGCCCAGGGCCUGAGCGAGGCGGGAGGGGAAGCAUGGGACUGGGUCACGUGGAGAAGACGUUUUGAUGGCGAUGGCGACUUUUCAGCCGCUUCUAAGGAGCACCUGGGCAGCGCGUCUUCCUGGCCUCCGUACGUGAGCCAGCCCGGUGGGUUGCAGAGCCGGACAGGUGUCCCUAGAGUGUGAGAGGACACCUGGGCCCGUCCCUGUGCUGAGACCGUGCGCUCGGCUGGAAGGACGCGCUGGGAAGGGCAGAGCCACCUCCAGACCAGCAUGAGACGGGCCCCAGCAUCUUCAAACACAGGAUGUUUCUCAGGCGGGAUCUGUUUAUCGCUCGGACGUCUGUUUAUAACAUCGACAGACACGUGACUGGGGACAUGUUGCUGCCAAAGCAAAUGUUAGCCGUCGGCUCAUUUUCUAUGGAGUCGGACCACAGGAAAUCAAUAUUGGACUGUUGUUGUUUCCAUCGACCAAGUUGGCAGUUUCAGGCGGUCCCACCUAACAGUGGUGGGAACUGAAGUCCCUUAGAAUCCUCUGGCAUGGUGACGAACAGAACAUAAGUAUAAAGAUUUUGUAAUUUGGCCGUUUUCUUUCUCAAAUAAAGUAUUUUGUUUAUAUAAA